AACAAUGGAUAGAUACGUUCAACAAUUCCUCAACAGAUUAUCUUUAGCAUCCAUCAUUGCAGCCACAUUUAUCCUUUUCGUGCUUUUCAUCCGAACACCUGAAACCUGUGUUAAUCCCAAUAUCACCAAACCUAAGCCCCACCACCGUUUCCCCAAAUCCACCUGCGAUUUUGCUCACCGGAGUUACACCUCCAUUAAGAAACACAACCGUCGUGUAUGGUCCACAACCGCCUGGAUCCAAACAGUUGUUUCUUUCAAAUCUCAAUUCCAGACUCUUCAGGACAAGAAGCUGUUUACUAGACAUUCACGGGCUCUUGUGGUAUCUGCUGGGGCAGGUCAGGCUGUAAUGGCCCUAAAAGAAAUGGGCCUUCACGACAUUACUGGUGUGGAGGUCGUGGAUUCGCCGCCGCUUGUCAGACGUGCGGAUCCGCAUAGUCUGCCUUUUUUUGAUAAUGCGUUUGAUCUCGCGUUUAGUGCGUAUUUGGAUCGGGCAUUGUUUCCGGAUAGAUACGUGGCGGAAAUGGAGAGAACGGUGAGACUUGGUGGCGCGUGUGUAGUGGCUGUGGAAGAGUGCGGCGGCAGAGAGGUGGAGGAAGUGGUGAAAUUGUUUCGGAAGUCUAAGGUGUUGGGGAUAAGGAAUGUGACUAUGGGUGAUGAAACAAGGACUAGAAUCGUAUUGAGAGUUAUGAGUGACUGAAAAUUUCAGUUGAUUUGCUGUU